ACCGGGUAAAACGGAAGUUGUGAGUGACAGCCAGAGAAAUUUCGAGAAAAAAAACGUGUUUUCUUUCCUAAAUUAAGUCAUGGAGCUUCUUCAGUGUUACAAUAAAGGGUGUGGUUCAAAGUAUGACCCAACUAAGAAUGAAUCAGAUUCCUGUCAUUACCAUCCUGGUGUACCAGUAUUCCAUGAUGCAUUGAAGGGUUGGUCUUGCUGUAAGAAGAGAAGUACAGAUUUCACAGAAUUUCUUAAUUUUCCUGGUUGCACAUCUGGUCAGCACAGCAAUGAGAAACCAAAAGAGCCAGAAACACCAAAACCAGUUGUAGACGUACCAGAUACUGCUAUACAGAAAGAGGAAAAGCCCAAGCCUGAGAUGAUGAAACAGAAGUUUGUGGAGAGUGUAAGACCCUCGGAGGAUGAACCAUUACAGAAAUUAAAGGUUACUGUUACACCGUCCCUACAGAAAGCUCUAGAUAAAUGUCUACAGGAAAUGUCUAUACAAUCUGAUAAAGAUAAAGAUAUCUCAAAUGGAACUGAUGAUAUAAAAGUGGGAACUACUUGUAAAAAUAGCAGUUGUAAAGCGACAUAUCAGUCAGAAGAGAGCAAUAAAGAAACCUGUCAGUACCAUCCAGGUGUUGCAAUAUUCCAUGAAGGAAUGAAGUUCUGGUCGUGUUGUCAGAGAAAAACAUCAGAUUUCACAAAUUUCCUUGAUCAAGUGGGCUGUCAAACUGGAACACAUUUGUGGAUAAAGAAAGAGACUGAAGACACAAAAAAGAACUGUCGACUAGACUGGUUCCAGACUGGGCCAAAUGUUAAUAUAUCUGUGUUUGCAAAAGUGGCAGUACCAGACAAAACAGUCAUAGAAGUAAACCAAGUGGUUUGCAAGAUUCACAUUGUGUUUGAAGGUGGAAAGAGUGUUUAUGAACACGAAUUAAUUUUACGAAAUCCCAUAAUUCCAGAGAAAAGUGAAGUGAAACUGUUGGGAACUAAAGUUGAGAUAGUUCUAAGAAAGCUGGAAUCAUUUAGUUGGCCAUGUCUGGAAAUGCCUCAAUCUCCACCAGCAAAACCAGAGGAGAAAGACUCAGAUUCUGAUGAUAUAGCUAGUGAUUGAUGUAGGAUUGAAGAUAGAACAAUGAUUGAUGGAAGAAAAAUCUUGUGUUAAGUACAUUGUGUGUUCAUGAAGCAAAAGUUGAAAAAAGUGGAAUUGAUGUACCUUUCUGAACAGAAAGAUUGACCAGACUCCAAGGUUAUAAAUUGUGUUUGAAGACAAGUAAGAGAGUGCACCUUUUCUGUUUCAAAUAUUUGGUUGCAUUGGUCAAUUUCCUAAACAUGCCCAGAAGCAGCCAAUCAGGAGCUAGUUUGAGACAGGUAUCCAGGCUUGGGUUUAUAACCUUGGAGCCAGAUGUUCCGCAUUUGUUUAAGAAGCUGCAUUUAUCAUUUAAAAACUGUGUUUGUUGUAAUGACAAACAAAUACUGGCAGCUGAUGUUGACCAUGUAUAUUUCAUUUCUUGUUUCAUGUAAGAUACUAGUUGUCUGUUUAUUUAAUGUAUAGAAAUGAUGUAGAGUGACUUUGAAUAUAACAUUGUUACUUUCCAAUUUGAAUACAGUUACUGAUUUUUAGCUCGACUAUUUGAAGAAUAGGGGAGCUAUCCUACUCGCGUCGGCGUGAGCGUCACACAAAUGUUAAAGUUUGCGUACCACCCCAAAUAUUUUCAAAGUCCAUUGAGAUAUUGCUUUCAUAUUUUGCAUACUUGUUUACCAUUAUGACCUUAGUCUGCAAAAAGGAGGAGGCAACUCUAUCAAGCAUUUUGACUGAAUUAUGGCCCCUUUUCGACUUAUAAUAAAUGUUAAAGUUUGCAUACCACCCCAAAUAUUUUCAAAGUCCAUUGAGAUAUUGCUUUCAUAUUUUGCAUACUUGUUUACCAUUAUGACCCCAGUCUGCAAAAAGGAGGAGGCAAUUCUAUCAAGCAUUUUGACUGAACUAUGGCCCCUUUUCGACUUAGAAUAUGCUUAUUGUAAUGUUAAAGUUUUACUCAUUGCUUAUAUUAUACUAUCAAGCACUGAGAAUAGUUUAGCGUGCUGUCCACUGACAGCUCUUGUUUAUAAGCCAUUUUGUAAGUCAGUUUUUCAUUAUUUGUCAAGAUAUAUUACUUUCUUCGCAGUGGUGUUUGCUCUUUUUAGACUUGAUUUAUUUCAUAAUAAAAGGUGAACCAGAUUAGGAUCAGGUAAGGAAUUUAUCGGGUAUUAUGAAGAUUAGUUUAAAAUUUGUUGAAUUUACUUUAUACUGUCUUGGUGUGUCGUAAAACCCAAAUAAAUAAAUAAAUACUUUAUACUUUCAGCUUUGAAUAUGCUGUGUUCCUAAUACCAGUGAAAACUAACCACCAAAACAUGUCAAUACUGUAUGCUAUGUAUAUGUAAGUAAUACAGUAACACAAGAAAACUAUCAUUUUCUAUUUUUAGCUCACCUGUCACAAAGUGACAAGGUGAGCUUUUGUGAUCGCGCGGUGUCCGUCGUCCGUCCGUGCGUGCGUGCGUCAGUCCGUAAACUUUUGCUUGUGACCACUCUAGAGGUCACAUUUUUCAUGGGAUCUUUAUGAAAGUUGGUCAGAAUGUUCAACUUGAUGAUAUCUAGGUCAAGUUCGAAACUGGGUCACGUGCCGUCAAAAACUAGGUCAGUAGGUCUAAAAAUAGAAAAACCUUGUGACCUCUCUAGAGGCCAUAUAUUUCACAAGAUCUUCAUGAAAAUUGGUCAGAACGUUCACCUUGAUGAUAUCUAGGUCAAGUUCGAAACUGGGUCACGUGCCAUCAAAAACUAGGUCAGUAGGUCAAAUAAUAGAAAAACCUUGUGACCUCUCUAAAGGCCAUAUUUUUCAUGGGAUCUGUAUGAAAGUUGGUCUGAAUGUUCAUCUUGAUGAUAUCUAGGUCAAGUUCGAAACUGGUCACGUGCGGUCAAAAACUAGGUCAGUAGGUCUAAAAAUAGAAAAACCUUGUGACCUCUCUAGAGGCCAUAUAUUUCAUGAGAUCUUCAUGAAAAUUGGUCAGAAUGUUCACCUUGAUGAUAUCUAGGCCUUGUGACCUCUCUAGAGGCCAUAUUUUUCAUGGGAUCUGUAUGAAAGUUGGUCUGAAUGUUCAUCUUGAUGAUAUCUAGGUCAAGUUCGAAAGUGGGUCACGUGCCGUCAAAAACUAGGGCAGUAGGUCAAAUAAUAGAAAAACCUUGUGACCUCUCUAAAGGCCAUAUUUUUCAUGGGAUCUGUAUGAAAGUUGGUCAGAAUGUUCAUCUUGAUGAUAUCUAGGUCAAGUUCGAAACUGGGUCACGUGCCGUCAAAAACUAGGUCAGUAGGUCUAAAAAUAGAAAAACCUUGUGACCUCUCUAGAGGCCAUAUAUAUCAUGAGAUCUUCAUGAAAAUUGGUCAGAAUGUUCACCUUGAUGAUAUCUAGGUCAAGUUUGAAAGUGGGUCACGUGCCAUCAAAAACUAGGUCAGUAGGUCAAAUAAUAGAAAAACCUUGUGACCUCUCUAAAGGCCAUAUUUUUCAUGGGAUCUGUAUGAAAGUUGGUCUGAAUGUUCAUCUUGAUGACAUCUAGGUCAAGUUCGAAAGUGGGUCACGUGCCGUCAAAAACUAGGUCAGUAGGUCAAAUAAUAGAAAAACCUUGUGACCUCUCUAAAGGCCAUAUUUUUCAUGGGAUCUAUAUGAAAGUUGGUCUGAAUGUUCAUCUUGAUGAUAUCUAGGUCAAGUUCGAAACAGGGUCAUGUGCGGUCAAAAACUAGGUCAGUAGGUCUAAAAAUAGAAAAACCUUGUGACCUCUCUAGAGGCCAUACUUGUGAAUGGAUCUCCAUAAAAAUUGGUCAGAAUGUUCAUCUUGAUGAUAUCUAAAUCAAGUUCGAAAGUGGGUCACGUGCCAUCAAAAAGUAGGUCAGUAGGUCAAAUAAUGAAAAAACGUGACCUCUCUAGAGGCCAUAUUUUUCAUGGGAUCUGUAUGAAAGUUGGUCUGAAUGUUUAUCUUGAUGAUAUAUAGGUCAAGUUUGAAACUGGGUCAACUGCGAUCAAAAACUAGGUCAGUAGGUCUUGAAAUAGAAAAACCUUGUGACCUCUCUAGAGGCCAUACCCUUGAAUGGAUCUUCAUGAAAAUUGGUCAGAAUGUUCACCUUGAUGAUAUCUAGGUCAAGGUUGAAACUGGGUCACGUGCCAUAAAAAACUAGGGCAGUAGGUCAAAUAAUAAAAAAACCUUGUGACCUCUCUAGAGGCCAUACCUUUCAUGGGAUCUGUAUGAAAGUUGGUCUGAAUGGUCAUCUUGAUGAUAUCUAGGUCAGGUUUGAAACUGGAUCAACUGCGGUCAAAAGUAGGUCAGUAGGUCUAAAAUUAGAAAAAUCUUUUGACCUCUCUAGAGGCCAUAUUUUUCAAUGGAUCUUCAUGAAAAUUGAUCUGAAUGUUCACCUUGAUGAUAUCUAGGUCAGUUUUCGAAACUGGGUCACGUGCGGUCAAAAACUAGGCCAGUAGGUAUAAAAAUAGAAAAACCUUGUGACCUCUCUAGAGGCCAUAUUUUUCAUGAGAUCUUCAUGAAAAUUAGUGAUAAUGUUCACCUUGAUAUCUAGGUAAAGUUCAAAACAGGGUCACGUACCUUUGAAAACUAUGUCAAUAGGUCAAAUAGUAGAAAAACCUUGUGACCUCUCUAGAGACCAUAUUUUUCAAUGGAUCUUCCUGAAAAUUGGUCAGAAUUUUUAUCUUGAUAAUAUCUAGGUCAGGUUCAAAACUGGGUCACAUGAGCUCAAAAACUAGGUCACUAUGUCAAAUAAUAGAAAAAACGACGUCAUACUCAGAACUGGGUCAUGUGGGAAGAGGUGAGCGAUUCAGGACCAUCAUGGUCCUCUUGUUACAUGUAGCUUGACUACGAAAUAUAUGGAAAGUUAUCCUACCCCUUGCGUCAUUAUCCCUGUCUUUGUCUAGAGCUUGGUUAAAUUUUAAUGCAUUUUCUCUGUAUCUCUGUUAUAACUUGAUGGACCUGCUUCAAACUUCAGUUUUGUCUUCCACUUCAUAUGUCACAAGGGACAUAAUUUUGGCACCAUUUCAAUAAUUAUGCCCCUUUUACUUGGAAGUUCAAGCUAAUAGUUUAAUGCUGCUCCACUAAUGAUGUACAGAAAUCUGUACUGGUAAGUUUUCAUCGAGACUAGGAACAGUUACAGAUGUUGAAUCCACCUUUUAAUCAUGUAUAUAUGUAUGUAUGAUUUCAAGUGAUAUGUUAUUGAAGGUUCCAUAUUCAUCCUUUUGUACGUCCUGAAAACUGUUUAUACCAUGUGCCAAUAAAAUGUGAAAUACCAA